CGCUCGGGCUCCCACCACGGCUUUCACGAAAAAGACUUGCGAAAAGGGGCUUUAUUGUUUCUUUGCCUUCGGAAGCCUAAAUUAUUUGCUAUCCACACACUGCUUCAAUCAAAUCAAGAGGUGGAAAAUGGCUGGCGGCAAGGCAGGAAAAGACAGCGGCAAAGCCAAGGCCAAAGCGGUUUCGCGCUCGCAGAGGGCCGGCCUACAGUUCCCAGUAGGGCGUAUCCACCGACACUUGAAGACCCGCACCACCAGUCAUGGUCGCGUCGGCGCUACCGCAGCCGUGUACAGCGCCGCCAUUCUAGAGUACCUCACCGCUGAAGUCCUGGAGUUGGCGGGCAACGCGUCCAAAGACUUAAAGGUGAAGCGUAUCACUCCUCGCCACUUGCAGCUGGCCAUCCGUGGAGACGAGGAGUUGGACUCGCUCAUCAAGGCCACCAUUGCCGGCGGAGGUGUCAUCCCCCACAUCCACAAAUCCCUCAUCGGGAAGAAGGGCCAGCAGAAGACUGUGUAGAUGCCCCACCUCCAACGACAGUUUUCUGGGUUUCGAUCAUCGAACCAGAGUUUUUUGUUGUUGUUCCCCCCCACCCCCCACCAAUUUGUUUUGUUGUUAUUAUUGUUAUUAUUAUUAUUAUGAUGAUGAUAGCAAACCAAGAGCGAUUGUUUAGCGUUUGUGUUGUUAUACCCCCCCCCCCACUUAACUAGAAUCACUUAACGACAAAAAAAGAAAAACCUUUUGUAUGCCUCGUGUGGUUAGAAUGCUUGACUGGGGGGAAUUGUUGUUGAUGUCAAAAUAGCGACAAUGAAUUUGUUUGAUUGGCCUGUUCUAUGUUUUAUACUGAAACUGUUAAAAGCUCUUGUUUUAUAUGAUA